GUGACGUCAGAUCCGGUUGGAGAGGAUAACCCAAAGCGUUUAAGCAAUAACGUAAGAUUUGAAGUGACGUCACGCUGGGUUCAAAACCUGACCUUUAAGCUGGUGGCGUACUCAGGUGGUCGAGUGUUGAACACGUUAGAAAGCGAGGCUGACACGUCGCUCAACUGCAGCUCUAACGUGAGCACGACGUUUAUGUACAUCAAUGAGAGAAGACACUAUGAGAACCCCUCCGGUGUUCGCCUGGUUAACAUCCACGUCUUCGCCACACAGGGCCCGAGUUCAAAUCCCGCCCAGUGCAAUCGACCACUGUGUCACAACUUUACCGUGGUCUACCACUUCCCCCCUGAGUCAGUCAACGUCAUCAUCCACUCUACGUCACACAGGGAAGAUCAACCAGUGACCAUAUCCUGUUCUACGACUGAUGGGUACCCAGAGGUCACAGACUUCGGCAUCAGAAUCCUGGAUAUGUACAGUCGUCUGCCGCUUUUGUAUGUUCCCAACAAGAUCUUCCAAAUGGAGAAAGCUCUUCGUGGCAGAUACAUGUGUGAGGCCAUCUCCUACCCGUUUGGCCGUCGUCUAGUGGUACCCUCAGAGAGAAUCAUCACCAUACGCCCCGCGCACAGACGCCCCAGGGAGGGGACUGAACCUGAACGUCCCAGGGAAGGGGCCGAGCCUGAAACAGUCACAGAAACCGACCCAACAAUCCCGCCCUCCACCAACUUGCCUGAGGUGACGGUCAAUAAUUUCACCUACCCGAGUAGCACAGAAACCAGCUGGUGGGGCGAUGACAUAGAUGCCAACCCUAAGGUGAACACAGAAACUACUAAACCUUCGAGUACGUUUAACACGGUCCGAGCAGGCUGGAUAAAUUCCGGGGCUAACGAUUCGAGGGCCGGAAGUAGAAACUCGUGGGACCACGACAACUUGGCCGACACACAAAAGGGAGCCCACACGGAGAUGAGGCCGAUGCUUUUAAACUCAAUUGAUGCCGGCAGUUCUGGGUGUCAAGCCUCGCGCCCAGCACUGGCUGCUCUGUUCAUCUUACUCAUGGCGCUGGUCGGCUUCUAGUCUACGUCAUCACCACGUCUAGCCUACGUCAUCACCACGUCUAGUCUACGUCAUCACCACGUCUAGCCUACGUCAUCACCACGUCUAGCCUACGUCAUCACCACGUCUAGUCUACGUCAUCACCACGUCUAGGCUACGUCAUCACCACGUCUAGUCUACGUCAUCACCAUGUCUAGCCUACGUCAUCACCACGUCUAGCCUACGUCAUUACCACGUCUAGCCUACGUCAUCACCACGUCUAGCCUACGUCAUCACCACGUCAACUGAAGAGACUAUCUGAGCAGAAACAUUGUGCCCUAGUAGUUUGACCAGGCCCUACCUCCCCCCACCCCAUACAGCACCCACCCCC